AUGCAACCAUUGUUCACCACUGUCGAUUAUUUUGAAUUGAUCUCCGAGUACAAAUUCCUCACCCACACAUGGUCUCUUUACUUGGACACCGUGGAACACAUUCUGGCUGCCCUUUGCUCCCAGCUCACCUACCUGCAACGAGAUAAUGUGUUCAAAGCGCUACAUCUUAACAUCCACAACGUUUUGCCAGAAGCGGCAAAGGGAAUCCUGGACGUGGAAGUCCAUGAGGAGUCCACCCGCGGGAAUCGUCCGCCACUGUUUGGCCCUAAGCUGAUCAAGAAGCUCGAGGAGCGAGGAGGGUCAGAUUUAGUUUCAAAAUUGAAACGAUUACGUACACCAGCAAAGGACACCCGAGGAGCGUCAUCGGGACAACGACGCAUAGAAGGGGGGCCUCCAAGCAAGCGUCUUCGCGCGGAUCGUCAGGAGCGCCAACCCGCACCGAGGACAACCUAUGAAUCUCGUGCCUCUGGAAGAGGAUCAAAGCCGACUAAAGGUAAUGGCUCUUUUGAAGUGAUGGUGAUUGGGAAUUCUUAUGUGCAAAAUUAUCAAAACUACGCAGAGAAGCCUUUCAAAAAGAGAUACGCCAGAUUCCAUAUGCUUGGACGUGGAAUGUGUACCCCAUUCGUCAACUAUGAUUUGAUGCCCCUCAGCGCUUUGAAUCAACCACUGGGGAAGGGAUGUGAAGAGUACAAUAAGUAUCUCUUUGAGAAAGUCGAAACAAUUCGUCCCACGAUAUUGCUGAUGAAUUUUGGCCUCGGUUUACCAAACCAGCUAGCGAGAGAUCAUUGGGACGAAAUGCUGCCAACGGCUAGAGAACGUAUCUGGAGACUCAGAAAUGCCACCGAAGUGCUACUGAUCACAUCUCCAAUGUAUUAUUUAUCCGAUAAAAGGGCACACAACUAUAUUCGAUUAUCACACAAAGUGUUUCCACCAAGGAAUGAGACCAUGUACCUGUAUAAGGUGAGCAGU